AUGGAGCACGAUACUCCGCAGGAGCGUAAACAUGUCGGGGUCCCCGCGUGUUGGCUAGGCCGGGAGGUUGCUAGACGGUGUGCAACCACACACACAUCACGAUUUCAUUUUGGCGAUUUGGCCUGGCCAGCCAGAUCACCUGAUAGCGGUCUGCCCCGCCAGACUUCUUUUUUGGGCUACCCGAAGUCCCGGGUAUGGGUACAGGUCGGAAAAUUACUCCGCGGCCAUUCGGAGACGGGCUCCGCAACCACACCCGCCCUCUCGGCACGCACUAGGAGGACCGCGGCUCAUAGUGCGUGUCGGGUGACGGUGCAGGAGUAUUGUCCGGUUUUUAGUGGCUCUGUUCAGGGCGACUCAAGAAAAGACCUCAAAGCUCUACAGCACCCUUUGGCUCUCUCUCUAAACUUUACUCUACUCGUUCUUUUCACUGUACUUUCAACCUCAUCGGCGGGAGUGCCGCCCUGUCUCCAGCUUCAUCGUCCGUCUACCAGCUGCGCCUACCGUCCAUCAGCAGCUCCAGCCACCGGCCGAUACACCAGAAUCGCCGGCCAACCUAUCAAGAGCUCCUGCCAGCCACCAGCAGGGCAGGUAGGGUAUAUUUCCUAUAGUAACUGGCAACCCACUUUUAAAAUGUCAAAAAUUGAUUCAGAUGGUUUUCAAAUAGUGAAAUCAAAACAUUCUUAUAAAAAUAAAGCCACUAAAUUACCUCAAAAACAAUUGAAUUUUAUGAAACAGGAACUGAACGUAGACGUGGAGCGAGUUACACGGCAAAUUAAAUCAGUUUUCGAAGAUUUACAACAUUCUUCAUAUCACAUAGAAGUGACCAAAUUAGUAAGUAAAACUCUAAAUGGAUUAUAUGUCAAAGAAAUAGUUUGUUUUGGUCUUGGCCAAAUUUCAGUAUGUAAUAUAUCUAGGCAUCAAUUGGCCUUUUUAUUGUGUCUGAAAGACUUCUGUAAACCGCAGAGAGUAUUAGUGCACGACCCAAUUUUUUCUAAAGGCGAGUGUGAAAUACUGAGGCACUUUGAUCUCGAUUUAAUAGAACAAAACAAUGAGGGAAGUUACAUAAUAUCUGAUGAAGGUAUCACCCUAUCGUACUUUCCUCAUUGUCCUAAGCAAUUGACUAAUAACUUUCUUUGGAGUAAUUGGUAUCCUAGUCUUCAAAACUGUAUAAUUAUUGGCAACAGUUUCAACUCUUUGAUUGAGAAUAAUCCAAGCAGAUUACUGUUAGAAACUGUCCCAUAUAUUUACAAAAUACAUCCUUACACCCAUGAAAGCGUCUUGGUAAAUAACUUUAAGUAUACAGAUAUAUUUAAUGACACUUCACUACAUUCAUUUCCAAAGGAGAAGCUAGACUUGGUUUCUAAAGAUUUCUGGAAUAAAGGUAGCAAACCAUUAUAUGAGGAUACAGAAGAAUUUAUUACAUCUCUGAUGGUUGCAAAGCUGAACAUCUGAUUUCUUUGAAGGUUUGAAUCAUGGCAUCUAUUACAUCAAAGCCGGCUCUUGUUACCCUCCGACAGCUGUUGUACGAAUUACGUCAGCAGAGUUCUACUAAAAGACUGUCAGAGAACCAAAUGGUACUGUACAUCUUCAAUCAAUAUAGGAAACACCAAACCACUGAUCAGCAGCUGUGCAAGGCAGCUGAAGAGAUGCACUACAGAGCCAAGACAUAUUACAAUUACCUUCAUUACGCUAGAAAAUACAAGGAAAUCAACACUGAAUUCAAGGGAAAAGGAGAGAGAUCAUUGCAGGAAACAGCAAAUAUGGUUGGAUUCAAAUUACCUCAUGAUCCGAAACCGUAGGGAUAGCAAACUGUACUAUGAAUUAACUACAUAAAAUGCAGAAAAUAAUUUUGUAAAUAAUAGAGG